AUGAUAAAAAGUAAAUUUUUGUGUAAAUCCCAUAAAUUCUUUACAUAUUCAUGCGCAAAAAUAAAAAAUGAAAAAUCAUGUAUGGUUUUAAAUUUUUUAAAAGGAUAUAGCAGCCUUAUAGAAAAGAAAUAUUUACCAUAUGAUAAAAGACAUUUUAUUUAUAAUAAGAAUAGAUUAUUAAGUGAUGUUACAAAUAAGAUAAAUGAAAAAAAAUCGGAUGAACAAUAUGAUAGUGAUGAUGAUAAUGAUAGAUUAAUAUUAAAUGAUGAUGAUGAAAAAGAAAUACAUAUUGAAAAUAAAAGAGAAGCAAGUAAUAUAACAAAUAUAAAUAAAAAUAUUGAUAAUAUUGAAAAUAUUAAAAGUGAUAUGGCACAUUCAAAUAAUGUGAAUGAUUCUAACCAAAAAAAGCAGAUGAAGAACAAAGGAAAAUACGAUUCAGAUGUCAUAAUAAUGUACAAUCACUUUUCUCAGUUACCCGAAAAAUUUCUUUCUUCAAAAUUAAGUGAAGAAGAAAUUGAACAUAUAAAUACAGGAAUAUAUAACCCAGAUUUUGAUAAUUAUAUUAACAAUAUAGUUAUGAAAAAAAAAAAACAAUAA